UACUCACAGUCGUCACAGUCCGUCUUACUCUCUGCUCCUUAAAUGUCUGCGUUCUAUGGAAACUCUCAACAAUAAAGGAAACAGUUUUCAAAUUUUAUUUGGAUAUAAAAAAGUCAUAAAGACAGAGAUUUACCUGGUUUAUCCAAAAGAGAUUAUAUAAGGGUAGUACCGUAGUAGACGGAUUAGACUGGAUUAGUUUUAAUUUCCAACCUCAUAUUUCAGAAAACCCACAAACAUCCAAAGUGCUCUGCUUUCGUCUGUGAAGAAGAAGAAGAAGAAGAAGAAGAAAAAGCAAAUAGAAAAGAGAAUACUUGAACAUACCAGUGAUUGAUUGAUAGUAUAAUUUCAGUGUAGAGUAGUGAGAUUACUUCAUAGCUUGUGGGAUAAUCAAGUAUAUCCUACAUGGAAGCAGGACACCCGGCUGCUAGUAAGACAGAGUUCACAGAGUGUUGGAGAACAACAUGGAAGACCCCUUACAUUUUGCGUCUCGCCCUCUCAGCUGGUAUUGGAGGCCUCCUUUUCGGAUACGAUACAGGUGUGAUUUCUGGGGCAUUGCUGUACAUUCGUGAGGACUUUCGUGAGGUUGAAAAGAAAACAUGGCUGCAGGAGACAAUUGUGAGUAUGGCAGUUGCCGGCGCCAUAAUUGGUGCUGCAAUUGGAGGAUGGAUGAACGAUGCUAUUGGCCGGAGAAAGUCAAUCUUGUGUGCAGAUUUUGUGUUCUUCCUUGGUGCAAUAGUCAUGGCUGUUGCACCAGCUCCGUGGGUGAUCAUAAUUGGAAGAAUUCUGGUUGGUUUGGGAGUGGGUAUGGCUUCUAUGACCUCACCACUAUACAUCUCAGAAUCUUCUCCUGCUAGAAUCCGGGGUGCUCUUGUUAGUACAAACGGUUUUCUAAUUACUGGAGGUCAAUUUUUGGCAUACCUCAUCAAUCUUGCCUUCACCAAGGCUCCUGGAACCUGGCGUUGGAUGCUUGGAGUGGCCGGAGUUCCUGCUGUGGUUCAGUUUGGAUUGAUGUGGUCACUCCCAGAGUCUCCAAGGUGGCUCUACAGAAAGAAUAAGGUAGAUGAAGCCAGGGCUAUCUUAGAGAAAAUUUACCCUGCGGAUGAGGUUGAGAAUGAAAUGAAAGCAUUGCACGAAUCUGUUGAAAUGGAAAAGGCUGAGGAAGGAGAUGUUGGUGAUGGCAUCAUAGCAAAACUAAAGGGUGCAUUCAGCAACCCUGUGGUCCGAAGAGGACUCUAUGCAGGGAUCACAGUCCAAGUCGCUCAGCAAUUUGUGGGUAUCAACACUGUCAUGUAUUACAGCCCAACCAUAGUUCAAUUUGCUGGAUUCGCAUCCAACCAAACAGCAAUGGCACUUUCUCUCAUCACUUCUGGCCUCAAUGUGGUUGGCACACUCAUCAGCAUGUGCUUUGUGGAUAGAUAUGGAAGGAGAAGGCUUAUGAUCAUUUCUAUGGUUGGAAUUAUUAUUUGUCUAGUGGUGUUAUCUGUGGUGUUUUUCGAGGCAGCAGCUCAAGCUCCUCGUAUUAGCAAUUUGGAAUCAACUCAUUUUGGUAGUAACUCUACAUGUCCGGCUUAUGUGUCUGCCCCUAAUCCAGCCUCAUGGAACUGCAUGACAUGUUUGAAAGCUCAGUGCGGCUUCUGUGCUAAUGGUGUCUCGGCUUAUGCCCCGGGAGCUUGCGCGGCUUCAAAUGUUGACUUGAAAAAGGCAUGUGGUGGAGAACAUCGUGUAUGGUACACAAAAGGGUGUCCAAGCAGAAUUGGAUUCUUUGCAGUAAUCCUUUUGGGAUUGUACAUCAUUAUCUACGCCCCUGGAAUGGGAACUGUACCGUGGAUUGUGAACUCAGAGAUAUACCCUUUGAGAUACAGAGGCACAUGUGGAGGGAUUGCUGCAGUGUCUAAUUGGAGUGCCAAUCUGAUUGUGAGUGAGACAUUUUUAACCCUCACUCAUGCUUUGGGAUCUGCCGGCACGUUCCUCCUCUUUGCUGGGUUUUCUCUCAUUGGACUCGUAUUCAUUUUCUUCUUGGUACCUGAAACUAAAGGGCUGCAAUUUGAGGAGGUUGAGAAGUUGCUUAAGAAAGGCUACAGACCCAAGUUAUUUGCUUCCAAGGACAAGGACACCAAGGAAACCAAGACUGUCGAACUUUGAGUUGCCAACAAUCCCUACGUAGCGUUUCUAAUAAAGUUUUUAGUAGAAUCCUCUUUGGUUAGUUAUACUGGAGACUGCAUGGCGUUUGUGUGUGACUGUGUGCAGCAUUAGUAUUUAGUACAACAACAAAAAAAACAGAUGAUCAAUGCUCGUCUGUCUUUUUUUUUUUUUUUUCACUGUUUCUUUUGCGGAUGCCCCUAUUGUUUGAACCUAAAAGAGGCAUUAGUAAUUGUACUAAAGAAUCUUUUUCUGGUUGGACUUGA